UCCGAAGACAGAUUAGUCCUAGGACCCCAAAAAUACUAAGAUUGGUGUCGUUCUCCAUUGGUUGUUUAGUGCUAUGCUAGGCUUAAUCUGACUUAAUCUGUUUCAUUGAAAACGGCACAUAAUUAUAAGAGUAUGAGGGGGAUUGAGGGUUGGGGUUAGUGGAGGUAUUUCUGAAAUUCUAUUGUAAGGACAUUAUAGAACUUCCGGUUUCGCAGUUUGCCGGAUGACAAAAAAAACAAGCUCGCUGUGGACGGUCGAAAUAGGGCAGUUUUUGUGCUCUCUCCUCCCACUGUGUUGACAGAUGAGCCGACUAUCUGUCAGUGAGUUGACGAUCUCAGUUACCCUGUCCUUGAUACUUUUUACAGGAAAUUAUUUAUUUCUUCACAACCCUAGUUUCACCACUAGAUGUCCCUACGCUCAAACCCACUAGCUUAACCAACACUGUAGUCUCUGUCCUACUCUGUACCGCUACCCCCCUGACCCACAGACCCUAUCCACCGCCUAUUGUCUGUCUCACCCCUUUAGCCUGUCUCACCCCCCUAGCCUGUCCCAUAGCCUGUCUCACCUCCUAGCCUGUCUCACCCCCCUAGCCUGUCCCUUAGCCUGUCUCUCCCCCCUAGCCUGUCCCAUAGCCUGUCUCACCUCCUAGCCUGUCUCGUAGCCUGUCUCACCCCGUAGCCUGUCCGUCCUCUUGGCUGUCCCCCUGUGUGCCAUGACCGUCCUGCUGGGGCACUCGGCCCGCCUGGCUCUGCGGGUGUCGCUGAGGCACAUCCCUCGUAAGGCCCUGCCACCGGCCACACUUCUAGGGCUGCAGGUGUACAUUUCAUCCUGGAUCCGUGUCUUCAGCCUGGCCUCUGUCUGUUUGUGUGUCUUCCCUGCAUGUGAAGACAGGUGUCAAUCCAACAGGUCGUCUGUCCAACCGCCCUCUUGCUGCGGAACAUGCCGAACCAAGAAGACAUGGCCCAGGACCUUUUCUCAGGAGGAGCUGAAGAAACGACUCUCCCCCAUACAGUUCCAUGUCACUCAGGAGAGAGGGACAGAGAGUGCCUUCAGAGGGGAGUACACUGACCAUAAGGAAGAGGGCACCUACAGCUGUGUCGUCUGUGGAGCCCCACUGUUCAGGUCAGAGACCAAGUUUGACUCUGGAUCAGGGUGGCCAUCUUUCUAUGAUUUGGUUAAGGAAGAGUCUGUCACUGCAACAGAUGAUUUCUCCUAUGGGAUGCACCGAGUUGAGAUCAACUGCAGUCAGUGUGGUUCUCACCUAGGACACCUGUUUGAUGAUGGCCCAAAACCUACAGGAAAACGCUACUGCAUCAAUUCUGCUUCACUGGGCUUUCAGCCUAAAGAUGCCCCCUCUGCCUCCAGCCACCCUAGCAGCGGGGAGGGGGCAGAAGCUGGGGCAGGAGGAUCAUCCGGGGGCAAGAUUGAGCUCUGACAGGAAUUCCUACUCUCUGCUAGUCCAGGUCCCGGUCCAGAAUGUUGCAACCUUGCUCGCUUUGAAAUGUCUUUGCUGUGGCUGUUCAGGAUAGCUUAACAGAUGGAUGUUGUCACCGCGUUCCGCACACUAGUGUCAUGGCAGAAGAUGGGGGAUGAAGGAAGAACAAUAAGUUUGACCCGAUCUAUACAGUACCAGAACCAAUCUGUAGGUAACACAGGCCCGAAUGCUGGCAGGAAGUAAAAGUGCCUUCUGUCAGAUGUAUUGACUUACCCCUUGGAAAGUACGUUUACCCCUUGGAAAGUUUCAUGGGUCUCUGAGAUACAUGGGUCUCUGAGAUACAUGGGUCUCUGAGCUAAAAUUCCAACCACAUUCACUGAUAAAGGUAAGCCAGUUAAACAGAUAUCACAAAACAUGUUUUAACUUAAAACAUUUAUUAUGGAAUUUAAAUGAACAGAAAUAGUUUCCUUGUUGAUUUCUGAUAUAUAAAUGAUUUUUUAUUGUAAUUUGGUACGUAAGGUUACCUUUAUCUGUCUGUAGUGUUGAAAUGAGUAUCCAUAUGUCCAAAAAGCUUUCCUGGGGUGCACUUACUUUUUCACUUGACUGCUUUCCAUGCACAGCUUUCCUGGCUCCUGGGUCUCUGUAAAACAACAGGGUAAAGAAAUGAAUGCUGUAUCACGUUGCUUUUCAACAUAGAGGUUUGAUAAUAUAAAGAAUGUCAACUGUUAUAUUUUGUCCUUAUUAAAAGUGUUUUGCUUUGGAAGUGAAAGACAGAGCUAUGGUU